UUUUGUCCGUGUUCAGUAUUGAAUUUAUUUGUGAUGUCGCGCCCCACACUAGUGCUUAAGGGCAGUUAUUUUCCCCCAUAAGGAGUUCUUCAUUUUUCCCAUUCUACUGGGAAUAAAACCGAUCAUUUUAUUGUAGCACUUGUCUACGGUGUUUCAUUAUCAAAAGCUUUAGUUUUAGCCAGUUUAGCUUGAUCUCUGCACCAGUGUUAUUGUGGAGAGGUGUGCACUGUUCGCCCAGCAGCGUGCUCACACCCCUCGCUGCUCACCAGUCAUGAUACUCUACACACAGAAACCCAACCGCGUCCUGACUAACCUCCUACCAGACUUGUAGCGAUAAAAUCAUUUGUCUGUUCACACCGAUUGAAUACGUCCGAUAAGUCGAAUGCCAGUGUACUGUACUGCUAGAAAGGGUUAGAGGACCCCGGGGGUCGGGGAUGGGACGGGACGGAACCACGCCAGGGUUCCGUUCAAACGGAUUAAACGGCACAAAGCCUGGGUACGUUCAUGAAAACAACAUCAGAUUUGAGAAAUUCACAGCAACUGGAAAGAAGGUGAGAACCUGGAUGACUUUAUAGCUUUACAACAGCACUCCAUGGUGUAGGAACAUGUUUAGGUUUGGAGCAACCGGCCCACGUGACAACCAACCCCAUUCUCCUGUAUUAUAGAAAUGAUGAUAAUUACAGGUCUAUAAAGAAAAGAAAAGAAAAGAACACCCUGAACAUUUCACUUUGGUGAAAAAGGAAAUAAUCCCGCGCGCGUGUGUGUUAGUGGGCGGACCCUGGACUUGUCCGCCGAGACAGGUUUCUUCCUGUGAUGUAGAGAGAGAGAGAGAGAGAGAGAGAGAGAGAGGCGCGCGCUUGUACAGAACGAGAGAUACGUUUUGUUUUUUCCUCCAGGGACAGGGACAUGACUGCGGACGGUAUUGACGGUAUGGAGCGGUUCGAGAGCCCCGGUAAAGGCAGGGGGCUGCGCGUGACCAGAGCGUACCGGGUGGGCGAGCUGCUCUUCGUCUGCCCCGCUUACUCGCACGUGCUGUCCGUGAGCGAGCGCGGCUACACGUGCGAGCACUGCUUUGCGAGGAAAGAGGGUCUUUCGAAAUGUGGAAAAUGCAAGAAAGCGUUCUACUGCAACGUGGAAUGUCAGAGAGGCGACUGGGCGAUGCACAAGCUGGAAUGCUCGGCGAUGUGUUCGUUUGGGGAGAGCUGGUGUCCGUCAGAGACUGUCCGUCUGGUGGCUCGGAUAAUCAGCCGCAUGCAGAAAGUUCCGAAAGAGAGGAGCGACUCGGAGAAACUGCUCUUGUUAAAAGAUCUGGAGGGCAACCUGGAUAAGUUGGAUAAUGAGAAAAGGGAGAUGAAUGAGGCGGACAUAGCCGAACUGCAUCACUUCUACUCCAAACAUCUGGACUUUCCUGACCACCAGGCUCUGCUUACUCUGUUUGCUCAGGUGCACUGUAACGGUUUCACAGUGGAGGACGAGGAGCUCUCUCACGUCGGAUCAGCGGUGUUUCCAGAUGUCGCGCUGAUGAAUCACAGCUGCUGCCCCAACGUCAUCGUCACGUACCGAGGGACCUCAGCAGAGGUGCGAGCUGUGAAGGAUAUCAGCCCGGGAAUGGAGGUAUACACCAGCUACAUCGACUUGCUUUACCCAACAGAAGACAGAAUGGAGAGACUCAGGGACUCGUACUACUUCACCUGCGACUGCAAAGAGUGCAAAACCAAAUCCAAGGACAAGGUAAAACUGAAGCUGAGGAAGGUGAACGGUGAUGAACCGCGCUCAGAGGAGAUCAGGGAGAUGCUUCGCUACGCACGAAACGCCAUCGAAGACUUCCGCCGCGCCAAACAGGAGAAAACCCCUGCAGAGCUGCUGGAGAUAUGUGAGCUCAGUAUGGACAAAAUGGGCUCCAUGUUCGAGGAUUCCAACGUCUACAUGCUGCACAUGAUGUACCAGGCCAUGGGAGUGUGUAUGUACAUGGAGGAUUAUGACGGCGCCGUGAGCUAUGGAGAGAAAGUCAUAAAACCGUUCAGGCAGCUGUAUCCGGCCUACUCCCUGAACGUCGCCUCGAUGUACCUGAAGCUGGGGAGACUGUACACGGUUCUGGACCGACUCUCUGCAGGAUCCGCUGCCCUCAAAAAGGCUUUGGCUAUUAUGGAGGUUGUUCAUGGAAAGGACCACGUCUACGUAAAGGAACUGCAAAAACAGAUCAGCACGCACCAAAAAUAAACACACCCACUAAAACGAACACUCUUUAGUACAAUAAUGUAUCCGGCAGUGUGAAUCAAAAGAGCUGCAUUUUUUUUUUUUUCUUUCCUUCAUUUAUUCCCUAUGGAGAGGGAAUUUCAUCUCUAGUCCUGGAGACUCAAAGGUUCAGUUUUAAAAAAUUCACUAUUCCUAAGCAGGGGGUGGAAAGAUUACUGAAGAAUCGUAAGAGUAAAUAGAGUACCUUGUUUAUAAUAAUACUCAAGAGUGAGUGAGUGAGUGAGGGUUUUUAAAAAAAAUUUAUGUAUUUAUUUAUUUAUUUAAAAUUGUGACUACUUUUCUCCCUUUUAACACUAGCUAACCUAGUUAGCAUAAAAACCAAAACUUAGCACUGUAUGUUUUAUUUUAUUUUUUUUUUCAAAUUAGAGGCUGAUCCCUGAUUCUUGAAACGUGCUUUGGAAGGCAAACCCGGCAUGACACGAGAACGCUACCGCCCUUCUUGGUCUUGAUUUUGAAAAGCCUUUACAGGUGAGGCCAAGGACAUUCUUUUGUUUUUAACGCUAAUGCUACUUCAGGCGUCCUCCUUAUUAGCCAGUUCUAAACGAGCUUUCUAUGCAACUUGAUAUGAGAAUUAAACAGUCCACUUGCCAUCAGUGGCGUCAGAACAAGUGGGAAACAAUGAACAAAUUACGGACCGGGAAAUAUCAAGUAGCAAACACACCUGAGGCAAAGUAUUGUUACAGCACUUACAAUUCUAAACGCCGAUUCUACACUACUUAAUAACGGAGUACCUCAAUUCCUAAGCUAAUUCAUUACUGCUCCUAACACACCUGAUCCAACUUCUCAAGGGCUGAAUAAUUAGCUGAUGAGGUUUGUAAAGAGCAGGAAAACUAAACAACAACUUUGUAGUUUCCAGGAUCGGAGUUGAGAACCUUCUCUUGACUAUUCGUUACUCUGUGAAAUGCAUUUCUUCAAUCCAAAGCUUCUGUAGAGAGUUAUCUUUUUGUACAGUGUUUCAACUCAUCACUAUCCGGUGUCCGGUCCAUUUCCAACACCCGUUCGGAAUUGCACUCGGCUUCGAAAUCCAACCGUUGCGAUUAAAAACCAUAGCCGUGUUCAUUCCCCCGCAUUUUCCGUGACGUCUGACUUAAGAGUUUCUCAAAUAACGCGACGGAUCCAAACGGUUGGUGCGUGUGGUCGGACAUUUCUGUAGUCCCUUUAGUUCCUACCUGCGAUUACUUCACACAGAAAUGGAAGAAAAACCUGUAAGCGUGGUUUCUAAAGCUUGGAAAGAAGUACUAGAGAUCGUUUGGUGUCUCUAGUGAGUGUACUGAGCUAGCUACCGUUAGCUUGCUUUGUGAAUAUGAGAACAAAGCUCGUACGAAUCCGAGCACGUAACGUCGAACAAUUUUCCUGAUCCAGAGUAAUUUUACUGUUUAAGAAUUAAGAUUUAUUUCUUAGUUUAUAAAAAAAAAAAAAACUGUAUAUAUUUGUGGUCAAUUUUUUUUUGGUGUUAUUUUCAUUCGGUUUAGAAAAAACGCUUCGGAACCCUGACAUCCAAAUAAACGUGACCAUAGUGAAGAACAACACUUGCUUCAUUUCAUGCUAUCGUAAAUAUCUUAAAUAAGACGCACAUACAUUUCUACUACAUAUCGGCAGCUGAUGUUCUUUUGAAACACACGGCAGACCAAGCUGUCGGUAUUUUCUGUUUUAGGUCUUCAUACAAUUCAUCACUUUUACUCUUAACUACUGGUUCGAGCCUGUUUGAACUUUUUUUUUUUUUUUUAAAGGAAUCAAGUAAAAACUAAACGGAUCUUAAUGGGGUUCAUUAAAUAAAUUAAGCUUGUAAUGUGGGUGGAAAUUUUUUGAGCUUGCUAAUAAACGCUGCUAAUCGAAUCCGUCUGUUUUCAAUAUGAAAAGACAAUUAAAUUAACUCGGGGUGUUCUUUGGUUUCUAGGCACACAAA